GUGAAUAGCAUUAGCCGUCAUGCAAUAGGGCCAAUUGUCAUCGGCAGACGCGUGAAUGUAUUGAAACAGAAGUUCCAUCCAAUGAUUCACAAGAAAUAUUGAAGUCUAAUUUUGAUUACUUUGAAAUCUGCGGAUGAGCACCAUAUUCUUUGAAAUUCAAAGUAAAUCUGGCAACUGGAGUCUAAACAUAGAAGAGUCAAGUAAAUCGUGUAUUUACAUCAUUUCAUUAACAGUUUUUGUCAAGUUUUGAGUUUUAUCUUGUCAUCAGCAUUCAUUCAAUCAUGGAUGAUAAAAAGAUGAACAAGAAAGAAAGCUCCGUCAAAGUGGCCGUCCGCGUUCGCCCACUAAACGAAAGAGAGAUGAAUUCUGACGUUAUCAUCAGUAUGACAGGCAAUCAAACAAGUAUUCAGACAGACCAGCACAAACCAUUGGAUAACAGUCACAUUCCAAUAAACAACAAGCCUUCGCAAAGAAAAUUUGUGUACGAUUACUCAUACUGGUCUGUGAAUGAAACUGAUCCUCAUUUCGUGUCGCAAGAACAGGUCUUCAAUGAUCUUGGCACUAAAGUUCUUGAUGCGGCAUUUGAAGGCUAUAACGCAUGCGUAUUUGCGUAUGGUCAAACAGGAGCAGGAAAGACUUACACAAUGAUGGGAACACAGAGCGAUCCCGGACUAAUUCCAAGAAUAUGCGAGGGUUUAUACAAACAUGCUUCAGCAAACGCCAACAACCAUGAGUCAUUCAGGAUUGAAGUGAGUUAUUUAGAGAUCUACAAUGAACAAGUGCUGGAUUUACUUCGAUCUGAAACUCAAAGCAAACGAAGUACGUCAGCACAAAAACUGCGCGUGCGCGAACAUCCAAAGGAAGGACCGUAUGUUCAAGGUCUUAUGAAACAGAAUGCUCCAGAUUACGCGACAAUCGAGAGUAUUUUAAAACAAGGAAACCAGAUGAGAAAAACGGAAGCGACAAAGAUGAACGAACACAGCAGUAGAUCUCAUGCUAUCGUUACCAUCACAUACACUCAAGCAAAGUUUAUUACAGGAUUACCAAGUGAACUAACGAGCAAAAUCAAUUUAGUAGAUUUGGCAGGAAGUGAACGAGCAUCGAAAAGCGGAGCAACAGGUGAAAGGCUGCGAGAAGGAGGAAAUAUAAACAAAUCUCUGACGACUCUUGGAAGUGUAAUCUCCGCGCUAUCAGAGACGUCCAGUCGCGACGGUGAAAUUGUAAAGAAACCUCAUGUUCCGUACCGCAACUCAAUACUGACUUGGUUAUUGAAGGACAGUCUGGGUGGAAACUCAAAGACAAUUAUGAUAGCUGCCAUCGCCCCGACAGAUCUUCACUAUGGCGAGACAUUGAGUACACUGAGGUUCGCAGUCAGGGCAAAGAAAAUUGUCAACGCUCCAACAAUCAACGAGGAUCCGAAUGUGAAAUUGAUUCGUGAACUUAAGGCAGAAAUUGAAAGAUUAAAAUCAAUUGUGAAUACAGACCAGAGUCAGUUUGAGAACAGUAUGAAAGAUGAAACAGUGAAUGAAGCUCAAAAACUACUUAAAGGAACCGAGAGCAAAAUGGAGCAACAUUUGAGGGAAUGGGCCGACAAAUGGCGAGAUACGAUGCUAAUAAUGGAGGAAAAUGAUCUUGGACUCCAUAAAUAUCGUUCGGCGUUGCGAAUAAAUAUGGACCCACCACAUCUUGUCGUCCUGGACGAUGACGUCCUCAACACUAGCAUCACCAUAUUUAGUUUAAAGAAAGGAGAAAACUCCAUUGGAAGCAUGGAGAUCGAAGAUGAAUUGCACUUAGUUUUUGACGAAGAAGAACAAGAAAAGAGACAUUGCAUUCUUACAUUUGACAUGAAAACAGUGAUCUUGAUACCUCUGGAUGGCGAGUGUCAGAUAAACAAUAAAACAGUUACUGAAGAUACGAAGCUAUCACAAGGUGAUAUUAUAAUGUUUGAUCAAACAUUUCGUCUGAAGUUCAACAAUCCACAAGAAGCUUUUUUUCUCAGAAAGAAAAGAAAAACCCAUCGUUCCAUGGAGAGAUCGCUGCAUAAGUCGCCUUCGCCAGAUAAGUUAGUAGAGUUCUUUGAGCAACCGUUAUCACCAGAAUCAGGAGUUGAAAGUGAGCAAAGUACAGACGAUGGCAAUGACGAAAAUGAUCCGGAAGAGUUAAAGUUUGUUGAGCUCUCUUUGGCGUUGCGCAUUGAAGAACUGUUGGCCAAAUAUAAACAAUCAGAGAUUGAGAGAAUGAAAGUGAUGGAAAAGAGCAAACGGGAAUUGGAAGAAAAAGAUAAAGAGAUCGAAGAUCAAACGAUGAAGAUUUUACAGAAAAAGGAACAACAUGAGGUUGUUCUACAAAAGCACCAGGAAGAUCUACAGGAACUCAGAGAACAACUUUCUCAAGAAAAGAAAAAUUCGAGAAACGAACUCAUUCAACAAAUUGAAAAUAUUUUCAUUCGAAUGAAAAAUGGAAACAGCGAGCAAGGUAAAAACUCGACUGAAGAAGAUGAACAACGAAAAAAGCUAUUCAGAAAAAAACUAAAACGAGAAUGGUCGAGAAUUGAUCAAUGUGAGAUGAAACUUAUCGAAAUUGAAGCUGAAAAAAGAAGAAUAAUACAGGAUGCCAACGAGAAGUUGAAAGAGGAAAGAGUUAAAAAGAAAGCUGAACGAGAAAGGAGACGCCAUAAACUUGAAACGAAAAUACAAUGUUUACAGGAAACCUUAGAUAAUCUUUUGAAGAAAAGCGAAACGGUGAAAAAAGAUUUCGAGAACGUUGAGGAACAAGCAACAAAAUUAACCGAACAAAUCGAAGAAAAUAACGAUUCAUAUUGGAAAAAGUGUGUGAAACUAGAAUGGCUGCAAUAUCAACUUUGCACAGAUCAAGUUGAUAAUGAUGACGAUAUUUCUGAAAUUAUGUUGAAAAUAAAAACAUUAGUUCGCAAUAUGGAGAUGUUUGAAAAUCAAAUUACAACAAGACAAGAAAAAAUUUCACUUUGUGAAAAGGAGCUGGAGGAACGACAGGAAGUCUUGAAAGAAAUUGAUUCAGAAAUAAAAGAAAACUCGGCGGCCAUGGCUGCUGCAAAGGAGGCUUUGGUCGCUUCGGAUGAGUGCCCAGAUGAAGAGAACGACGAUAAUAACAUAAUAAUUUUAGAACGAGAUACGGAUCUUGUAAAGAUAGAAAAAGAAGGAGAGCUGUUAGUAAGUGCACAUUUAGAGCACCAACGUGUCGUAGAAGCGAUCGUGAGCGACAAUUUUGAUUCUAGUGAUGACGAAGAUGCGGAGAUAAAGAAUGUCAAAGCACAAGUGUUCGAACUGGUGCGCAGUGUGUCUCCAGGUGUUGAAGAAGGUACGCUUCAAUCGCAGAUCGCCAGUAAAAAGCUCGAGGUUCAUUAUCAGCAAACAGAAGUGCGUCGAUGUGAGGAGGAAAGAAAAACAUUAAAUAAGCACGAAGAAGAUUAUCACCAAUUAAAUCAAGCCGUGAAUAAACAAAGAGAAGACGAGCAAAUGCACUUGAAAGAGAAGAUUAAUCACUUACGCAAGUUGACGGAAAGCGGGGAGACCUUUACGUAUUACGAAUGUGAAUCUAACAGUUUGCUAAGCGCUCAGCAACGUUUACUGGAAAUGGACGACAAGUUAGCUUUGAAAACACACCAGAAAAAAAAGAUGGAUGCAAGAUUUGAGAAUUUGCGUGCGUUGAUGGAACAGCAGGAUGAGUUUAACCAAGCCAAAUUUCGUGAUAAAAUGGAUGAAUUGGACAAACGAGGAAGACAACUUGAUCGAGAGAUUCGAGGCAUUAGGAAAAUGAUAGAAACAGAAGCUGAAGAGUAUUUGAAACGACUGAAGACGGAGGACUUUGCUAUUCUCGAACCAUUAGGAAAUUCAGUCUAUGCAAAAAUUGCAAGCGAUGCUAUGCUUAAUAUUCUUGAAGAAAUUAAACUGGCCUCUCAUCAUCCAAAGUUUGCAAUCAAUCGUGUAGAGACGGCGAAACUGGACUGCGGAGGAUGGAGAUAUGAAACCAACGAGAGAGAUGUGCACGUGCUACGGAAAGAGGAUGUGCCGUGCGGUGUUUACAGUUUUCUUGGUCGUGGUAUCAUUCGAGCGACACCACGUACAGUACUUCAAACUGUUGCAACACCGCCGUCCAGAUUUGUCUAUGAUCGCAUGCUUAAGAAUAUCCGCAUUGUGGACAAGAUUUCAGAUAAUUUGGCCAUAAUUUAUAUGAUGCACGAAACACAAAGGUGUCUUUUAAAAACUUCAAGAGAUUUUUGUCUUGUCGCAAUGGACGGAGAAAAGGACGGGAAGUUUGUCCUUGCUUCACAAUCUGUCGAUCAUCCAAGUUGUCCUGAAGUAAAAGGAGUUAAAAGAGGAAAGAUAUUGUCCAGUGGUUGGGUGAUCGAACAAAUUACAAUCAACGGACGAUCAUGCUCGCUAGUUUGGUACAUGACACAGGUUUAUCUCGGAGGAUCACUGCCAUCCACAGUUGUUAAUCUGAUUUCAAAACGCCAACCGCUGAGCAUUUCCUAUCUAAGAGAAUACCUGGUCGCAAAUUAAAUGUUAUUGUUGAAUGAAUUGCACUCAUAAAAGACAUUAAUGUAUUUAUAUUUAACUAUUGGGAAAAUGGAUAUAUAUUAAAUAACAUGGAGCAUA